GCAGGGGGCAGCAGAGGGGCUCUGCCUCUUCCACGCUUGAGGACGAGGAAGUGGAUGUAGUGUUUAUACACGGAGAACAGAGAAAUAAACCCAAAUAAAGCCGCGAGGCUUGUAAAGUUCGAUUGAAGCUCUCCGAGCUCUUGGUUUCUGACCAUAACACGCCGUCAGAGAUGGAGGAGGAGUCCAGUCUGACACUGCACUGCUACAGCGACCCAGAUCCUGAGGACACACCGGACCAGCAGAGCAUCCGUGACGUGGAGCAGGACGGAGCUGGAGCUCAGCCUGAGGGUGAACCUGAACCGGAGAACACGGACGAGGAGGAGGAGGGCGUGUCCAGUGUGAAUCCUGAGUGUGAAGCUGAAGAGUCGUCCGUAUUCAUACUUGACUCUGUGGGCCAGAGUGAGCAGCAGGACUCGGUGCAGGACGUGGAGCAGGACGGGGGCAGCCUCUCUCUGCAGUGCAACACUGACCCAGACCCUACAGAGAGUGUGGAGUCCAGCUGUACCGCUGCAGCUCAGACCCCUUUAAAGACGUGCUCGGUGAGGCUGGAGGACUGCAGGGGGACGCUGACGGCUGAAGAUGGUGAUUUAACUCCUCCUGGCAGCGGUGACAGGGUUCCGUCUGAAGAACACACCGAAGAACCGCUCCAUUCCUGUUCUGACUGUGGAGAGACCUUUACAAGCAGAGAUUUCCUCAGUCACCACCGGAGAACACACACUGCAGCUUCAGACCAGGGAACGUUCCGCAGGGAGAGCACGCACUGCACGGUUCUGAAGAGCGAGGAUCCUCCGGUUCCCCAGCGAUGUUCCAGGUGCUGCGUGAAGUUCCACUGUCCUUUCUGCCCCCCCGCUGUUUACAAACCCCGUCACGACGCCUACAGCGUCAACAAACACCUGCAGUGCCACCUGAAGCACGCGGUGCGCCAGAGAGGCUACAUUAUCUGCAUGUGUCAUUUGGGCUGCAGGCCUAGAGGUCACUUCCACUGCCCCAUCUGCGGCAGCACGGUCAUCAGGAAGGACGACGCGCAGAGCCACAUCAGCUCCUGUCGAGUGUCUGACGCUCCCAGUGAAGAGAGGCUCCAUCCCUGCGCUGACUGUGGAGAGACGUUCAAAACCAAACAUCACCUCAGUUACCAUCUGAGGACACAUACCCGAGAGAAGCCGCAGGCCUCGGGUCAGGAGACCCACCCCGGAGAGAACAGACACUGCACGAUUCUGAAGAGCGAGGAUCCUCCAGUUCCCCAGCGAUGUUCCAGGUGCUGCGUGAAGUUCCACUGUCCUUUCUGCCCCCCCGCUGUUUACAAACCCCGUCACGACGCCUACAGCGUCAACAAACACCUGCAGUGCCACCUGAAGCACGCGGUGCGCCAGAGAGGCUACAUUAUCUGCAUGUGUCAUUUGGGCUGCAGGCCUAGAGGUCACUUCCACUGCCCCAUCUGCGGCAGCACGGUCAUCAGGAAGAACGACGCGCAGAGCCACAUCGGCUCCUGUCGAGGCAACGGCGUCAAACCUCCGGCUGAAAGGCGAGCGGGAGAGACGCCUCACCUCUGUCCUCACUGUGGGAAGAUUCUGAAAAGCAAGCGAAAUCUCGUCCACCACCAGAGGAUUCAUACCGGAGAGAAGCCCUACCUGUGCGCCUCCUGCGGCAAGCAGUUCUCCAGCCUUUGCUCCUUCUCAGUCCACCAGGUCACUCACAGCGGAGAACGGCCUCACCACUGCUCCGCCUGUGGGAAGCGCUUCAAACGCAAGUCUGAGUGUUUGAUCCACCAGAGGAGACACAGCGGAGAGAAGCCCUACCUGUGUGCUACCUGUGGAAAACAGCUGUCCAGCAGGAAAACCCUGUCAGCGCACCAGAAAACGCACAGCGGGGAGCGUCCACACCGUUGCCUUACCUGCGGAAAGAGCUUCACUUUGAAGUCCAGCCUCACUGCCCACAGAGGGACACACACACGGCCCUAUGACUGCCCUCAGUGCGGGAAGAGUUUCGCCAGAUCUGACAAUCUGAGAGCUCAUCAGAGAACGCACACCAAGGACUAAUCCCUGAUGGAAACAUUUCUUCAUAUGGGAUCCGUUCUACCAAACGUGAGUUCAGCUGCUGUGAAAUGACAGAGGAUGAACAGGAAGACCGGCGACAGAAACCGAGGAUGGACUGGAAGACCGGCGACAGAAGCCGAGGAUGGACUGGAAGACCGGCGACAGAAACCGAGGAUGGACUGGAAUACCGGCGACAGAAACCGAGGAUGGACUGGAAGACCGGCGACAGAAACCGAGGCUGGACUGGAAGACCGGCGACAGAAACCGAGGCUGGACUGGAAGACCCUUUUCAUACUUACGUAUUUGACACGGUGGAAGUCGUCACUGCAGGGAAACCAAUAGAGCGGUGGCAGCGUUUCUGAGUGACAAUGUAGACAGAGUCUUCCUUAAUGGUGUCUCUGAUGGGGAAACUCAUUUAUUAAU